AUGGAGCCGGUGAUUUUCCACCAUGAGUCUGAUACUAUUAUCCCACAGAUACAGGGAGCCGCAUCCAGUGACUGCACUCACCCUCUCUGUCAGGCUGGAGCCGGACACCAGGUACAGCAAUGUCCAACAAAGAGAAGUUGCAGUGCCUGAAGGACUUUCAUAAAGAUAUCCUGAAGCCGGCUCCAGGAAAGAGUCCGGGGACCCGUCCAGAGGAUGAAGCUGACGGGAAGCCCCCGCAGAGGGAGAAGUGGGCCAGUAAGAUUGACUUCCUGCUGUCAGUGGCUGGAGGGUUUAUCGGUCUUGGGAACGUGUGGAGAUUCCCGUACCUGUGCUAUAAGAACGGCGGAGGUGCGUUUUUAAUCCCUUAUUUCAUCUUCUUGUUUGGCGGCGGCCUCCCGGUGUUCUUCCUGGAGGUAGUUUUGGGGCAGUUCACCUCUGAGGGCGGCAUCACCUGCUGGGAGAAGAUCUGCCCAAUCUUCACAGGAAUCGGAUAUGCCUCUAUUGUCAUUGUGUCCCUCCUGAAUGUGUAUUACAUUGUCAUCCUGGCGUGGGGAGUCUACUACUUGUUCCAGUCUUUCCAAAGUCAGCUGCCGUGGGCUCUGUGCCACCAGCAGUGGAACACGGACAGCUGCGUGGAGGACACGUUCCGGAAGAACAAGACCAUGUGGCUGUCGCUGAACUCCACAAACUUCACCUCCCCCGUCACAGAGUUCUGGGAGCACAAAGUUCUCAGCUUAUCAAAGGGAAUAGAUGACGUUGGAAUAGUAAAAUGGGACCUGGCGCUAUGUCUCCUCCUCACCUGGGUCAUCUGCUUUUUCUGCAUCUGGAAAGGUGUCCGUACCACUGGGAAGGUGGUUUAUUUCACAGCCACUUUCCCUUUUCUCAUGCUCCUCGUGUUACUGAUCCGCGGAGUUACGCUUCCCGGGGCAGCAGAAGGGAUCAAAUUCUACCUGUACCCGGACAUCACACGCCUGAGCGAUCCGCAGGUCUGGAUUGAUGCCGGGACCCAGAUCUUCUUUUCCUAUGCCAUCUGCCUGGGAGCCAUGACGUCCCUGGGGAGCUACAACAAGUACAAGUACAACUGCUACAGGGACUGUUUGCUGCUGGGAUGCCUCAACAGUGGUACCAGUUUUGUGUCUGGCUUCGCAAUUUUUUCCGUCCUGGGCUUCAUGGCACAAGAGCAAGGGGUGGACAUUGCAGAUGUGGCAGAGUCAGGUCCUGGCUUGGCUUUCAUUGCGUAUCCCAAGGCUGUGUCCAUGAUGCCUCUGCCCUCCUUCUGGGCAAUCCUCUUCUUUAUAAUGCUUCUGCUGCUUGGACUUGAUAGCCAGUUUGUUGAAGUUGAAGGACAGAUCACGUCGUUAGUGGAUCUGUACCCAUCCUUCCUACGGAAGGGAUACCGGCGAGAGAUCUUCAUCGCUAUCGUGUGCUUCCUCAGCUAUCUGCUGGGGCUCACCAUGGUCACACAGGGCGGCAUGUACGUCUUCCAGCUGUUUGACUACUACGCAGCUAGUGGGGUGUGCCUCCUGUGGGUGGCAUUCUUUGAAUGUAUUGCUGUGGCCUGGGUUUAUGGUGCUGAUAGGUUUUACCAGGACAUUGAGGAUAUGAUCGGGUACAAGCCGGGACCGUGGAUGAAGUGGAGCUGGUGUGUAAUUACUCCUGUUCUCUGUGCGGGCUGCUUCGUCUUCUCUUUAGCCAAAUACACCCCGCUCACCUACAACAAGUAUUACACGUAUCCAGACUGGGCCAUUGGGGUCGGCUGGGCUCUGGCUCUGUCCUCCAUGCUCUGUAUCCCGCUGGUCGUGGUGUAUCAGAUUGCUCGCUCAGAGGGGCCGCUGAUUGAGAGAAUCAAAUCCCUUACAGCUCCGAAAGAGAUCAAUCGUUGGGCCAAGGACUCAGAGAACACCGCUCCCUUCUGCCCAAAUGGGGGUCACAUGAAACCCACUCACGUCAUUGUGGAAACCAUGAUGUGACCGAGCGCCCAGCCUCCUCCUUGUCCGGGGAGGUAAUCCCUUCGUCCAGGCUGUUUACUAACCCUCUCCUUAGAUUCAGGUUUAUGGAGAUCUCUAUUUGCACUAGCAUUUGAUUCGUCGGCUCUUGUAGAGAACGUUGUAUAAUAUGUGUGCGCAAGUGCGUAUUUUAUAACCUUUUGUAGUGAGUUCCUGGUCUCUCUGUGCAGAGACAGCCUCAUAUCACAAAGAUUUUAAAGAUUUAAUUUUUUUAUAUAUAUAUAUAUUUCAGUAUACAUUUUAAUUGUCUAUUACUUGUAUUGAAAAUGUGACAACGGAAAAGUAACAAGGGUUUUACUGACAAACCUGAAGCAGAGGUGGCCACCCGUAAUGAGCCAGCUUGUUGGGGAACUACAAAACUUCGUCUGUCGGGGCAUGCUGUCAUUUGUAGUACAACAUCAGCCAGAGAGCCAAGAUUUGGUUAUUCCUGCUCUAUAGCUUUUAUUCAAGAAAACCAAAAAGAUAUAGGCCUAUGGGAAAAAACAACUAUAUAAACCGAAGAGACAUUAAUUUUCAUUAGUCUUAUACAAGUUUCCAAAUGAAAACCGACCUUUGAUUGGUCACUGCGGGUGAUGUCACAGCUGUGUGAGUUGCAAUCUUUUACACCAGAGUUUCCCAAACUCCGCCUUUACAGUCCAGGUUUAAGGAUAUCCAUUCUUGAGCCCAGAUGGUUAAAUUAAAUUGACUGAGGUACUAAUUGAGUCAAGCAUGGAUAUCCUUCAGCCCUGGACUGCAGUAGCAGUGUUUGGGAAACUUUGUUAAGCAAUUAAUUUUAAAAACUGUGAAGAAUUUAAUUACGGAGACCCAAAAAUUAUUAUUAUUUUUUUAAAUGCUGCAUUGUGUAUGUACAGUUCUGAUGUACGAUAAUAUAUUCCAUGCAAACUUGUUCCUCAAUAACCAAAGCAGAAUCCACCCGCUGGAAACGGUCAUUGUCACCAGGGUGUGUGACAGGUGUUGGGGUAAAGGCCUUUUCCCCCCUUCCACAAAUUAGCAGUGGUUCUCGUCUCGUGUAUUCCCAACAGGUCAUUUUUUUAGGAUCUCGGUCUGUGGAAGCAGGUGGGUUAACUAUUGACCAAGCAACAUAAAUUAACAAACCUGUGCAUGAUUAAAGAAAUCCAGAAAACAUGACCUGUUAGUGGCAUUUGAAGGCUGGAACGGUGAACCACUGAAUUAGUGGAUUCUAACCUGUAGCGUUCUGCAUUUUAUAUGGAAAGCAGCAUUAUUAUUUUACCGCACACCGGAUAGAAAGUGAUAUUGAUGACCUGGCCGUCAGUUUUGUGUGGCGGCCCAAGCUGGUGCCGGAACUCCCGCAGACUGAAACCAGACACUGAGGAGUUUCAAUACGAGCAGGUGCUAUGGGAAACAGGUGCGAAUGGAGACGUUUUGCAAUUAAAGUACCAAAAGUAAUUAAAAAGUAUCACUUUUAAUUAGUGAUGAGCGGAUUCGGUUUUACUCGGUUUUACUCGGUUUUACUCGGUUCUCAAAACGGCAUCUUAUUGGCUCACGGAUGUCACGUGUUUUGGAUAGCCAAUAAGAUGCCGUUUUGAGAACCGAGUAAAACCGAGUAAAACCGAACCUCGCUCAUCACUACUUUUAAUUUCUAACAAAAGGGGAUAUAUAAAUUAUUGCAAGCUUCCAAUGCCCUUGUUCUUGGCAGGAUAUGAAUGAGGUAAAUUAUAUAUAGUUUGUGCAAACAAUGUAGGAAUCGGCACAGGAGCCUUGAAACUAGUUUUAAUAUCAUUUGGGGGGUUUUUUUAUUUGCAAAACUUGUUUUUCUUCCCUUCACGGCUCUUUGAUUGCUCAUAAUGCGUGCAUGAAAUACCUGUAUUAUAUGGCUGCUUAUCUGAUAAAAGCAUAACAGCCACACACAAGCAUUAAGUAUACCUACUAGUCCAAGCCGUGGGAAGGAUUGCUCCUCCAGCCCUCAAAAGUAAGAAAAAUUAGGUAGAUUCCUCUAUUGCCACCUUGUGGUUACUCUGCAGAUUGCAGAAAUUGGCUUGGCUUCAUAAGGAUCCAUUAAUAAAUCAACCAUUUAACAGCAGCUGGUGAUCUGUAACCGUGGACUUUGAUUUACAGAAGUGUUAUGCAGACAGGAAAUAAUUAUCCAUUGUCUUUACUCACGCUGCCUUCAGAUACAGAGUCUGAAUAGGAAGCCAAAGUAAAAGUCCUGAAUUAUAGGGUGACUUGUCUGCACUGGUGGAAUCCAUGAGGCAUAGUCCACCCACAGAAUCCGGGCAUUGGGGCAGAUUUUUGGGGCAGAUUUAUUAAGCCUGGAGAAGUGAUUAAUGCACCAGCCAAUCAGCGCAUGUCAAGUUAGAGGCCGGGUUUGAAAAAUGACAGUUAGGAGCUGAUUGGCUGGUGCCGUAUCACCUUCCACUUUAUUUCCAUCCAAGGCUUAGUACAUCUGCCCCAUUGUUUGAGAACCACUUCCGCACCAAAUAUUUGUUAUUUUGGGUCUAUGGCACUGGGGCAGGAGGAGACGAGUGGUUAAUUCUGCAAAAUGUUUCAUUAAUGGUGGGAUUUUAUAGAGGACAGAUUACAAGGUGGUAUAUAAAGACGAUACAAUAGGAUGUUUAUGUAAAAUACUGCAAAGCGGUUCUAAGGCUUUAUAUUAUCCCCUUAUGAUUCCUCUGAUUAGACUUUAUUAUAUCUGAAUUAAACCUUCUUGCAGGUGACCCAUCAGCGUAAAACAUUUUUACUGUAUAAUUAGACUGUGGGAUAAACGGUCAGUGCUGUAAUCAGCCUCAUACAUUUUACUUGCCACAAGUUGUAUGAAUAUAUCUGCGAGUGAGGUACUACCUGGUGUGGUUACCUCUCUCGUGGCGGUCCAGACUGUGCCGGAGUGGCAUGUGCUGGAGAGAAAGCGGGUGAGCGUCAAAUCCUGCUGUGUGGAAUCCGCAGUGAUGGUUACGCACUGUUGCAGAUUCAGUUUUGGCUGCUGCAGCUUUUCACAGGAUACAGUUAGUGCAGAUUUGUGAUUUAUAAGUUCCCUUCUCUGGACAAUUCUUCAGACGCUUUCUUUUUUUUCUCUCCCCAUUUUUUUCAAUGACUACUUUUCUUUUUUUUUUUUUUUUUACUAUUCCCAAAGCUUUUUCUAAUAGUUGAAAAAAAAUGUACACAAAAUGUGUCUGUGAAGGAACCCGGAUGAUAGCUCUAUUUUGUAUUAGCGGUUUUGUGUAGCUCUCUAAAGCAUUGCAUGUAACAAUGUGCAGUUUGUGCCCUUUUCCAUUUAUAACUUGGUUUAUUUUGUGUAAUUUAUGUACUGGUGACUUAAUAGCCUUGUGUCUAUAUUCUUCCACCUGGCUUUGUCUGCAGAGGAUUUACUCAGGGAUACAGGAAACGCGUUAGGUGGAUCAUUUUGCACAAAAGCUUCACCACCAGCAAAAAAACAAGAACCCAUUCCUACCCUCUGGAGGCCGCAGACCCACCACACUACUGCCACUAGUCAGAAAGAUGAAUAGAAAGUCCAGGCUCUUCAGGCAAUUUAAUCAUAAGGCUUCAUGAGUCAGUAAGUUAAUAUAUAAUUUGCAGGUACUAUUAGAUGAACAGAACAGAGGGAACUAAAGAGUUACAUUUGAUGAUGCCGCUCUCUCAGCUCUUGGCCCAUAGAGAAUGCAAAGUUAUAUUGCUGCUGUAAUUGGUUACUUAUGUAUAAAACGUCCAGCAGCCAAUUACAAUGCAUCACUAUUGUGCUCUGGCAAACAUGAUAGUUUGUGAACUCUGCCUGUGCAUGACCUGGAUCAUGUGACCUGCUGGGUGGUCUGGAAACUGACAGUUAUUUGCAGCCACCCACUAAGCAAGGAUUUUGAGACACCUAAAGGGCCCUACACACUUAGAAGAUUAUCUGUCCAAUCUGGCUGAUUGGAAAGAAAAUAUGGCAAUGCCUGUAAGGGAGUGAAAAGGGGCAACACGUUCAGCCCAGUAAACCUUUGGCCGGUUUCAGCUAGUAAUCAUUACAAAGCUGUACAGUUACAAAAAAAAAAUUAUAUAUAUAUAUAUAUAUAUAUAUAUAUAUAUAUAUAUAUAGCCAAAGAGCUGAAUACACCAACAACACUAAAUGCAUAAAAAAAGUGCACAAUCACUACGGUGCCAUCACUCAGAUUCCUCACUGAAAGACCAGGCUUCACCUCUCAUCCGCAUCCUCCCCAGCACAUUCUACUCCAGACUUAUGGACCAGAGACACCACCUUCGUCAGGAGAAACACUCCGGGUUAUCUCAGGAAAGGGAACCACACCAAGACACAACUCCCAUUACUUCAGACGUAGGAUCAGAAGUCUACUGUCUCAGCAACUACAUAGAAGCUUUACAAGGGCAUAGAAUAAACCUCUGUCCUAGAUAGAGGCUCUGUCCUUUGGACACGAGUACAGGAUGUGAGGCGGCAGCAGCAGACUCUUAUGGCUGUCCUAUUGGCAGUUGUGAGCAGCAGCUGCUGCAAUGUUUCCUAGAUAAUGCUUCCAUAAACCAGGACACCCAGUAUAGCCUGAUGAAGUUUCCUCUAACAAAUAAUAUUCGCAGCAUUUGAACAACAAAGAAAAACAAAUGUUAUUUUGUGUUAUGCGCAAUAUUUAAAAAAAAAAUGUUAUUUUAUAAAUAUCCCUAUAAAAUAAUAAGUGAACUUUUUUAAUAAUGUUCACCACACAAAUCACCGUCUUUUCUUUGUGGUUUAAAUGGCGUGCACGAGCUGUAACAGACGGCUUCCGCCAAAGAUAGAACUUUCCCGCACACACAGGAACAAAGUAACAUUGAAAUAUCACUUUAGAGGUUUUGGCCACAGUAAAGCCACCGGUUACAUUCUAUUGGGCAUACAGUUGGGUGUGCAAAAGAAAAUUGCCUUGUAUCAGGUAUGGGAACCUCUAUAAGUAGGUGUGAACAUGAGGUAUUUUUUACAUUGAUAAAAUUGUCUUGCAAUAAAAUACAGAAAGUCAUCUAAUUGCAGUUACAGCAGAGACCUGUUCUGCCACAGUCACAUGACCCUAGCAGGAGAUUAAGCGCCAUCGUUACUGGGGGUAUUUCCCAGCCGUGAGAGAGCAAAAAGCACUUUCUACAUAGACCUUUGUAUCUGCUGAUUUAUCCUGUAAUGUUAGAGGCUUUUGUAAUCAACAUCAGUAAUAAACGGAUUUAAAUCA